UUGUCGAUGAUCAGAUUAUGGAAAAUCAAACGAAAAUCGGGCAAUUGGCAACCGAAAGGAGUCGACCAUGAUUUCUUGGAACGUUGUUUGCAGUGCAGUGACGAGGAUGUCCGUUGUAACGCGUUUGGUGUUGUUUGCGAAACGUCUACGUUAACUAACGUACAAGCAUGGGAAUAUCAACUAGUUAAACAGUUUCUAGUUGAAAACGUCAACUACGAUCGUUCGAAUCUCCGACAGAGCAUGGUUAACUAUUGUGUCACGUUUUUUCUGCGAGUUCGCGGGUCAGUUGUCGCUAAACAAUCAAGCACUGAAGAUGCAGUGAACUUUGUCGAAGACUUGUAUCAGUUUUUGUCCGCUAAUCUAGAAAAACACUGCAACUAUCAACGCAAAAUGACUUCACUUAUGUUGUACAACGCUGUGUUGAUCUACUUUGGAAUAGGGGGCGGCCAAGAGAGAAACCAACGCAAAAGUAACACCAAGGAGAAAAGUGGCGUGGUUGAAGAGGAAGCCACAGCUGCUCAAAAAUGGCAUUUCCGUUCAAAAACCAGCAGAAAACUAUUGUUAUCGUGCAUAGAUGACAUAUCUGAUUCGGUAAGAAACCUAGCUGCAGACAUACUCAUAAAUCAUUUCAAGUUUGAUGAGGAUGAUCAAGAGGAACUGAACCACUUGUACAAUAUUGGGAAAGGAAUGUGUUCCAGUAAGCUAUUCUACGAAAUUGAGAGUGGUGCGUUGCUUAUCAAAACUGUCACAAUCCUUGCUUUUAAAAGCGACUACUCUCUUAUCAGCAACAUGUUGAAAAACUCAAAUCCAAAUGUAUUCAACGAAAGCAAAAUAAUUCCAACGGUGACAUUUGAUCUCAUCAACCUUGCUAAAACACAGUUGUCAGUGAUUUCUAAAGAUAUUUUCAUGGCGGUUCUUCAUUGCCAUCCAUUGCAUGGAGUUUUGAGGGCGUUGAUGCUUCUACUUACUGAUAAAACCGAGUUCAACUACACUGAAACAUUGAAAAAUUCUAAAGAAAUACAAAAAAUCUUCAAAGAAACCAAAUCUGGAACAUUCUCAACAUUUUCGAACACAUUGACAAAUUACCUGGCUAAGAACAAACAAGACCUCAUCGAUGAUAUUGUUGACAUUGUGGAGGAAAUGUUUCCCAAGAAAUGUGAGGCCAAGAAUAGGUCGAGUAGUUGUGAGCUGCUUGAGGAUAUCAUCACUAUUAUGGAGAAGGACGUCGCAACAAUGAUAGCUUUGUUAUCCUACAGUCAGGAUGAUCCAUCAGAAGACGGAGAUUUUGCACUGGUGAAUACUCCGGAAUUUUCUCCAUCAUUUGCUGAUAUGGGGAAUUCUCUUGAGGAAAUAGUGAGGCAAUCUGAGAUCAGUAGCAGCAAUGACGAAGUACUUAUGCUUCCAGUCUCACAUCAAUUGGUUCUUAAUUGCAUCUGGUUCAAUUUGAAGAUUUGCUGCAUGUUGGCGAGUGGAUUGAUCACAAGUGGCGUGGUGCAAUGCAUGGAAGGCUCAUGCUGCCGUUGCUUCUCCAUACUGGAAACCGUUCUGAACAAAUGCAGGCACAAAGGAGCGAUGGAUGUUGCCGGCUCCUCCAUGUUCUCAGCAGCUAAAUCUGUCAUGGACGAAUCCCAGCAGUUUUCAACUGAAGACCGUAGUUUGCCUGCUAAGAUUUUGGACAAUCUUCUCAGAAACAUCAGCGCGGAUGCUAGUUGCUCGCUGUCUAGACGGUCGGCUGGGAGAGCGUUUCUGGUUCACAGCAUUGUGGCUAGCGAUCCUAGACCGAACAGUCCUCUACUAGGCAAAACAAUAUCCAAACUUAUCGAAAUAAUCGGCGAAAAUAGCAGCAGCUCUUUGGAAGGUAACCUCAUUAACGACUCCCUUGUAGAUACACCGCUGGUUAGUGCCCUACACAUAUUGAGUACUCUUGUACAAGACUCCCGACUCAACGUUCUUCCUUUCGCUAAAGAAAUAUUUUGCAUUUGCUUCGAUAAAUCAUCGUCCCCAAUCUACACAGUGAAAAACGCAGCUCUACAACUUUUUAAAUCGUUGCUCAUGAGAUUGAUGAGACGUAUGAAGGGAGACUCUUCACAAAACGAUUCUGAUCUUGAUAAUUAUCAGACCACACCCCUGCAAGAGUUAUUUUUCCACAUGCCUCAGCUCUUCAGCUUUGUUGAGAAGAAACUAGAAGACCUCUCAUCUGAACCCGACAUUAUUACUCAUGCAAAACUGAUGCCAAUACUUGUUCUCCUCUCAAAUAUCUCCAUCACAUGCUUCAAAAAGUACAAUAAGAAAUACGCGCAGUUCGCUCAUAACAUCAAAAAGUAUGUACAAAAGCUAUUUUCAAGUCCUUCGUAUUUUGUGAGAAAACUGUCAGCUCGUAUCAGUGUUAACCUUCUGCUGCCUGAAGAAAUGUUCACAGAGGUUACUUUGAUCACGAUUAGUAUAGAACAGGCUUGUUCGAGCGACUUUCUAGAUCAGAAUUUGCUGCAUGGAUUGGUCAUGAAUAUUAAAUACUUAUCCUUGAGAUUGGUAUUCCUCAGAGAAAUACAUGAUCUGAGUUCGAAAGGAGAGUUUGUAGAUAUGUUCCAGUGUUUAACAACGUUGAUAAAGUUACCUGAAACAACUUAUUUUUUGAAAUCUCUUGCAGUAGAUGUGAUCAAACUAUGGCAACCAUCAGUUACUUUCGGAACAAAGCAGGAUAAUUGUGUAACUAUAAAUAGCAGCAUUUCACAUUACAAACCACAUCUGGGCUCUUCUUUAUGGCUAGCAAAAAUCGUUGAGAAUAUUUGUGCGAAAGAUGCGAGUUCUAACUUGAAGAAACUUUGUCUACUAGAAAAUAACAUCACAGAUGUUGCGUUGGCUUUCUUGAGAGUAUGUGUGUUGGCUCCGUCUACAGAUGAGGCUGAAAACGAUAGCGGACUUGUAAUGGCUGUGAUGAAAAGUAGUCAUGAACCAGAAGUCAUUGAACAGUUGAUGAAAAAACUGCUGAAUGGGUUUGUUUCCAAUGAUCUCAAACUCUUUGAUUUUAUUCUAUCUCUUGUCAAAAAACCAAGAGUUCGUUACAAGUUUGUAGAUGUAGGUUUAGGGAUGUUGGUAGCUUGUAGAAUUCUAAGUUCGCUCUCAGAUGACGAAUUUUACUCUAAGAACAGGCUGUAUAAAAUUUUAGAAAUGUUGAAGUGUUUGUCGGCAUGGUCUAGCCCAAGCCAGACCAAUGAAGACUUGCGCAACAUAGCGGCUGAAUGUGUGCCUUGCUUCCGCGCGUUUUUCCUCAAACGAAUGACGACGACAGACUUGAUUGAGACCGAAGUGUUCGAUCUAGAAACCGACAAACUGGGUUCUUUUUUGUGGCAGACAUUAUUCAAUCUUCUCCAGGACGAAAACCUGGAUAUAAGAAUGACAGCGUGUAGAUUUUUUCCCGAUUUUUAUUCGACCACAAAUCUAGACGUCCCAAAUCCAUUCGUUGCCUUGCAAAAGUUGAUGAAAAUUCAAUUCAUGCUGCAAAUGAUGAACUUGAGAACAGCCAUUGAUCAAUUGUGGAAUGUUUUCAGUUUAGGAAGCAGAGCUGCACCGAUUGAAACGACCAGUCCGUUUGAUCACGGAAUUGAUAAUUUCUAUAAGGAUGAAACAUGGCUACAUCAAACCAUACAAACUGAAUUCAAACUAAUUUCAGAUGAAAGCGAUUUUGGUCGCAACUAUCUCAAAAAACGAUAUCAAUAUACAGUUAGUUCAUAAUCUAAAGAGGAUCCUAUAAUGGUAGGUAGUAAUAGUUUCAAUUUCAAUAACUAUUGGUGUAAUUUUGAAGUCAUAUCAAAGGUUUAACAUCAAAGUGUAAUUUCUUACAUAGUGAUAGAAUAUUUACUGCAAUAAGCAAUAAAACGAAUAUUAAGUCAAAUAUGUAAGUUUAUACAGUAAGAAAUGUAUCGAUAUAGUAGGCCAUAAUUAAUCAAAAAUACUCAUUGGUGCAAUGGAAGUGUAAUUUCUUACUUACAUAUUGAUCGAAUAUUUCAUUUUAUGAGCCAUAAAACAAGACCUAAGAUGUAAGUCUAUACUGUGAGAAAUGUAUUGAGAUAAUAAUUCAUAAUUCAAUUCCUUAUUAGUGCAAUCACAGUGUAAUUCCUUGAAUUUUGAAUGAAUUUUUAUUUUUUAAGCCAAUAAACAAAAAUUGAGAUUGAAUAAGUAUUUUCAUACAGUAACGUUAUUGAUACUUAGUAAAACGUACGUAAAGUGAAUAAAGGGACGGUUAGUGAAUUAGUCUUUCAAAAGGCAAUAAAGAAUUACUUUUGCUAAUAUAGAUGAACUCUGAAUCAGGGCUGAUUCAAUUAAUUAAUAAACUCUAAUUCAGGGCAGAUUUAGUUGAAACGAGUAUGUUAACUAUUAUUUUUGUACAGAAAACUCAAUUCGAGGGCGAGGUGAAUGUAAAGGUAUAUAAAUGUUAUGCGUUUUGCAAGUGCCUUCUGAGUGGAGACCAUUUAACAUAGGUUUUGUAAAUGUAUGAAUACUCAGUUAAUUACCAAAUUACUGCUCAUUCAUAUUUUCACCUUAUAUUAUAUUGUAACUAACUCAUAUUUGUACUUUAUAUAUUGUUACUAAUUAUUAUUUUUACUCUAUACAUUAUUAAAUUAAUAAACUUGAUGAAGAGGAUAAUCAUCAACAUUGUUAUAUACCGUUAUAUAGUAUAAUUAUUUUGUGGAAAUGAAUUGUAUUAAUACUAAUUUGAACUUAUGUGUACCUAAUCCCUUAAUAUAAACUUUUUCUAUGAAAA